AUGACAAAAUUGUUUUAUGAACCAAAAAGAAUAAAUGAAAGGAAAGGGACUGAACCUCUUGCUUUAGUUUGCAUGAGGUUUUCAUGUUUAAUAAUUUCCAUGAUAAUAUUAAUGGUAUUUUUUGCUUUUAUGGUAUAUUCUGUUGCCUCCGAUGGAAGAAUCACUACAAGCGUGAUAAUACCUAAACCAUAUAUACCAAUACCAGAUUUAGUAAUAAAUGCGAAUUUUAGUUUUUCAAUGGAUUGUCAACUUCAAUACCUUGAUGGCAGAGCAACAUCUCAAACAGACAAGGAUUCGUGUUCAAAUUAUAUAGUACCAACAGUAUGUAAUGAACCUGAUCCUAAUGAUUUAUCAAAGGGUCGAUGCACAGGAAAAUUUCAAGUCCCAACUGAACUUCUGGAUGCACCUUUAACUGAAAGAUUAAGUUUUAGUUUGCCUGAUAAACGUUAUGGCAUUCAAUUUUUAAUCAAUAUCGAUGAUGUUGCUUAUGAUCCAAAAUAUGAUAAUGGUAUUAUAGUUAAAGCUUAUGAUCAAGAAUUUAAUCCACACAGAUUACCUGAAGCAGUAAAUAAUCUUAUAAGUAGCAUUGAUCCUUGUUUUAUUGAUAGACUUGAUAGUCUUAACUUUCAUAUGUUAGCCCAUCAUCAGAUUAAUAGAAUGUAUAUUGAUAGGAAAACAAGAGAAUUUAUUAUACCGUCAUUUUGGGAAGUGUUGGGCAUACCUCCAUUUUAUUUCCUUCAAACUUAUAUUAAUUCUAGAGUUGAAUCUGCAAAAAUACCCAGUAUAGCAGAUCAAUUUACACCUAAAAAUUAUGGUACUUUAUUUGUUGGUUGGUCUGCAGUAACGCCUUGGGGGAUAUGUCAAAGGACAUGUUGUUCCCGCAAAUCCAAAGCAAAACUAUCUAAAAAAUUUGCACCAAAAGGUGUACCGCUUAUGCCAUCAACUUUAGAUAAUGAUGUCGAUAAUUUAAUGAAAUUUUUGGGUUUAAUAUUACUAAGAUCAACAAGUUUCUCAAUUAAAAAAAAUGAUGAAGAGAACACUUCAAAUUCUGAUAAUCAUUCAACGUCAACUAAAAAAGAUGAAAGAGAUGAAAAAGACGAUAAAGACAAUAUUUCAAACGCUGAAACUUCUUUACAAUCAACUAAAAAAGAUGAUGAUGAUACUUCAAAUGCUGGAAUUUCUUCACCAUUGCCAACUAAAAAAGAUGGGGAGAAUACUUCAAAUGCUGGAAAAUUUUUCAUAAAAAUUAAAAACAAAAUCAAACGUGCGAAUUCAGUUGGUCAAAAUGGUAAUAUGUCAAACCUACAACCUUCAAAUUCGAAAAAUGGAAAGCACAAUCAAACUUUAGACGAACAGGAUGGAAAUCCUAUUCUUACUGACAAGUUACCAAUAGAUAAAGAUCCAUUUGAAGAUUCGCCGUCAGGACCUGAAAAAGAAAAACUAGCAGAUAAAAUAAUUAGAAAAUUUUCUAGAAAAGGUAAAAAGAGUACAAUUGACCCAAGUAAUAUCAAAAACGAUGAAGAUGACGACAAGAUUGAAGUUAUUCAAGAUAAAAAUGGCAGCGUUGAUGUGCCAGAAAUAAAUCCAAAUCAAAGUGGUAGUUCUAAUAAUAAUUCGCCAGGAGCUAAUCCUUCUGAAAUUGAAUUACUUCAAACACUUAUAAAUGUUGUUCAAGACGGAGAUGGCAACGUUAUUGAUGUCACUAAGUCAAGUCGUAGUAGUAUGAUUAGUCCUGAUGAGCUUAGAAAAAGUACAGUGUUUGAAGAUGAAAAUACCAGUACUAUUGAUGUACCAGAAACCAGCAGGUCAGGUCGUAGUAGUAUAUUUACUAAAGAUGAGGAUGACAACUUGAUAAAUCCUGAUGAUGUUACAAGAAGUGUAGAAAUUGUUAAAGAUGAAAAUGGCAAUGUUAUUAAUGUACCAGAAGCCAAUAAAAGAGGUAUAUCAAUUGUUGAAGAUGAAAAUGGCAAUGUUAUUAAUGUACCAGAAACCAAUAGGUCAAGUCGUAGUAGCAUAAUUAUUAAAGAUGAGGAUGGCAAUGUGAUAAAUCUUGAUGAUAUUAAUCCUGAUGAUAUUAGAAGAAGUGUAGAAAUUGUUAAAGAUGAAAAUGGCAAUGUUAUUAAUGUACCAGGAACCAAUAGGUCAAGUCGUAGUAGUGUAAUUGUUAAAGAUGAGGAUGGCAAUGUGAUAAAUCUUGAUGAUGUUAAUCCUGAUGAUGUUACAAGAAGUAUAUCAAUUGUUGCGGAUGAAAAUGGUAAUGUUAUUAAUGCACCAGAAACCAAUAAGUCAAGUCGUAGUAGUGUGAUUGUUAAAGAUGGAGAUGACAAUAUGACAAAUCCUGAUGAUGAUGUUAAUCCUGAAGUUGUUAGAAGAAUUAUAUCAAUUGUUGCGGAUGAAAAUGGCAAUAUUAUUAAUGCACCAGGAACCAAUAGGUUAAGUCGUAAUAGUAUAAUUGUUAAAGAUGAUGAUGGCAAUGUGAUAAAUCUUGAUGAUAUUAAUCCUGAUGAUAUUAGAAGAAGUAUAGCAAUUGUUAAAGAUGAAAAUGGCAAUAUUAUUAAUGUACCAGGAACCAAUAGAAGAAGUAUAACAAUUGUUGAGGAUGAAAAUGGCAAUGUUAUUAAUAUACCAGAAAUUAUUAGGUCAAAAACGGAUUAG